AUGAGCAGUCAUGCCGCUACAAGAAAGGCAGCAGGCUGUUGGACCUGCCAUCUGAGACGUAAAAAGUGCGACAGGAACCAGCCUAUAUGCUAUGCUUGCUCUGAGCUGCUGAUCACCUGCCACUACACCCUCGAGAAGCCAGACUGGGUGGAUGGAGGCGAGAAACAGCAGGAGAUGAGGGAGCAGCUUAAGCAAGAGGUUAAAGACAAGGCACCGAGUCGCCGCAGCCUUGCAUAUGCGAAAGCCUUUAAUGAGCCCAUGUCGGAUACAGCACCACUCGGUCGACCGGAAACCGAACUCAGAGCCUUGGAUACAGGUAACCCGCCGACAAACCUCUCCCAAGAUACACUGAGAAUAUUUCCAGAGUCACGAUAUGGAAAUGUCUAUCCUUCUCCUCUAGGUUUCCCAAGCGUGUCUUCAACAAUUUCUUUGACUUCUUCUCAUGAACUUCCUUUUCCAGAUGAAGAUUUGCAACGUGCAUCGAAUUGGGCUGGUCUCGAUCGGGGCCUCGUUGUCUGCUAUCUUGAUUUCUAUUUUCCAUUCCUUUCCCCCUUCUACCAGCCCUCCAUGCUAGAUCGCGGACGGGCAUGGAUCAUCGACUUCAUCGCAGACCAUCAGGCGAUAGAACAAACGAUCCUCAGUCUGAGUUCUUUCUUAUUCUCACUUGGGCUUGAGACGAUAGAAAAACUCGCUCCUGGGAGAUGCAAGCGAACCGCCUGGCAGAAACUGCUGAACCAUAUACAAGGCACAUUCGGCCUUCUACGAGAAGAACUGCGGUUUCUUACGGUCGAGGGCGUGUCAAAGCACCUACCGAGGGCUACCCAGAUCAUGGGCUGUGUCCUAUUGCUGCAGCGCUUUGAGACAGCUGUCUCGAGCUUCGAGAAUUGCCAGGCACAUCUCGACGCUGCCAUCGAAAUCUUCCAGCAAGCCCUAGAGGGUGGGGAUACGGUUGUUUACCACUCGACAGGAUAUGUAUCUAGAUUUGCGAUGAUCAUGCAGCAGCUGCGUGGCCACGGCCUGCCCUGGCCGAAACAAUUUCCGACUUUUGUGGCUCCAAGCUCGGAGCAGAUGGCGUUCCGCUUCUUUUCGGCUCUGCUUCUAGUAGACGAUAUUAUCGCUAGCACCGCUCUUGGAGAGGAGCCCAAACUGUAUCGGUACCACGACGGUAUCCUAGGCAAUGGUCAGUGGCCGACGGAGAAAGACGAAGAGCCACAAAUCCGUCUCGAAGAUAUCAUGGGCUGCCAGAAUUGGGCAAUGGUUGCGGUCGCCAAAAUUUCAGCGCUUGACGCGUGGAAGAAGCACCAGAAGGCAAUCGCAGCCCUAGACAUGAUGGAGCUGGUGCUUCGCGCCACGGCCAUUAAGAGCAUGCUGAUGACCAACUUGACCCGCGCGGAAGCCACACCGUCCACAGAUAGCCCCUGGGACAUAUUCACACCCUGUAACGGUCAAGCGUCGAUGCUGGCGACCCAGAGUUUGCUAGUUACCCGCAUUUGGGCACACGCAGCCGCCCUAUACCUGUUGAUAGUUGUCUUGGGCUGGCAGCCUUCUAGCUCCGAGAUUCGCCACCACGUAACUUGCAUCAUCCAGCAGCUGAUGCAGCGCACGCUGUCCUGGGCGGUGCUACGAACCAUCGCAUGGCCUUUCUGCGUUGCAGGCUGUCUAGCAGCGCCGGAUCAGGAAUCACUCUUCCGGAGCAUAGUCGAGGGAUUGCAGCCGCCGGGCCUACUCGGGCCGCUACAAACAGCCUUGCAAAUCAUGGAGGAUGCGUGGUGUAGCAGGGAUUUAAUAGAUUCUGAUACCUGGGACCUUGCAGCAUGCUUGCGAAGGCCGGGCCACAUUUUACUGUUAAUCUAG